AUGGUUCCAUUACCCACCUCAGACCGUGCCUUGCUCGGCGAACAUGCCUUCUACGAAACCGGCAAUUUGAAGCACGUUAUGCCUUUCAUGAAAUUCCAGAAUUACGACCUUGUGCUCAAGAGAUACAACCAUGGCUACGCCCACACAGGCCACGACUCGGGGGUCAAUCUCAAGGCCUCGUUGUUGAUGGUGGCCUUCGGAGUGCUUGUGCUCUACUUUGUGUCCAAGAAGAAGAUGAAGCCCAUCAUCUAG